AUGGAAGCAAAAGCAAUCCCGCUCCUCACGCCAUACACCAUCGGGAGGUUCCACCUCUCCCACAGGGUUGUCCAUGCACCACUCACAAGGUCAAGGUGCUACAACAACCUUCCGGGCGAGCACGUCGCCCUCUACUACUCCCAGAGGGCCUCGGAAGGCGGCCUCCUGAUCAGUGAGUCCACUGGGGUCUCCGAGACUGCCCAGGGGUACCCCAGCACUCCAGGUAUAUGGACCAAGGACCAGGUGGAAGCCUGGAAGCCGGUCGUCGAAGGUGUGCAUCAGAAGGGUGGAGUUUUCUUCUGCCAGAUUUGGCACGUAGGGAGGGCUUCUACUUAUGAUUAUCAACCCAAUGGACAAGCACCAAUUUCUUGUACGGACAAGCAGAUCACCCCUGAGGUUCUCGAUGAUGGGACUGUGGAGGAAUUCUCAGCCCCAAGGAGGCUUAGAGAAGAUGAAAUCCACCAGAUUGUCAAUGAUUUUAGGCUUGCUGCUAGGAACUGCAUUGAAGCAGGCUUUGACAGAGUCGAAAUCCACUGUGCAUUUGGCUAUCUCAUCGAGCAGUUCAUGAAAGACAGUGUCAACGACAGAACUGACAAGUACGGUGGAAGCAUGGAAAACCGAUGCCGCUUUGCGCUAGAGGUAAUCCAAGCUGCCAUCGAUGAGGCCGGAGCAGACAGGGUUGGUGUCCGUCUCUCACCAAAUUCCAACUACCUUGAUUGCUGGGACUCAGACCCAGACGCACUUGGCCUGUACAUGAUCCACGCCAUGAACAAGCUCGGCGUCCUCUACUGCAGCAUGGUUGAGCCGGAGGCGGUCAAAGUGGAUGGUAAGGUGCAGAUCCCCUACAAGCUGCUGCAUUUCAGGAAAGCGUUUUCUGGCACUUUCAUUGUUGGUGGAGGAUACAACAGGGAAGAAGGCAACAGAGCUGUGUCUGAAGGUUACAUUGACCUGGUGGCAUACGGCAAAUGGUUUCUGGCGAACCCAGACUUGCCAAAGCGAUUUGGGCUGAAUGCACUUUUGAACAAGUACGACAGAUCCACGUUCUACUCUCCUGACCCCGUUGCUGGGACAGCUUAUACUCCUCAGGUGCUGCUACUGAACUUUGGUAAAACAUUAGUGGUUCCUUUUUGA